CUUCAAAGGUGGGAAUUUGACGCGGUUUUUGUUUGGGGGAAUGAGUUUUGGAGGUGGGUCUUGAUUUUCAAAUUCUGGGGUGUUUUGAUUUUUAUGUUCUUUCUCACUCUUACACAUGUAUAUGCAUAGAUUUUGGUGUGUACAUGGAGGACGACAUUUCUGGAUGCGAGCUGGUUAGCUGCAAGGAGAAGAUACUAAGCUGGAUAGGAUGGCGAUGAGUGCACCUAAGGUCAAGCGUCGGGUGGGUAAGUAUGAGAUUGGGAGGACGAUUGGAGAAGGAACAUUCGCAAAAGUGAAGUUUGCAAAGAAUUCUGAGACUGGAGAACCGGUAGCUAUCAAGAUUCUUGACAAAGAGAAGGUUCUCAAGCACAAGAUGGUCGAACAGAUACAGCGGGAGAUUGCUACAAUGAAGUUAAUAAAGCAUCCCAAUGUAGUGCGCCUAUAUGAGGUUAUGGGAAGCAAGACAAAGAUCUUUAUUGUUCUUGAGUUUGUUAUUGGGGGAGAGCUCUUUGACAAAAUUGUCAACCAUGGCCGAAUGAGGGAGGAUGAAGCACGGAGAUAUUUCCAGCAGCUUAUCAAUGCCGUUGAUUAUUGCCAUAGUCGGGGUGUGUACCACAGAGACUUGAAACCAGAGAAUCUACUACUUGAUAUAUCUGGAAACCUCAAAGUUUCCGACUUUGGAUUAAGCGCGCUAUCCCAACAAGUCAGGGAUGACGGCUUACUUCACACUACUUGUGGAACUCCAAACUAUGUUGCUCCAGAGGUGCUUAAUGAUAGAGGCUAUGACGGUGCAACUGCCGAUUUGUGGUCAUGUGGGGUCAUCCUAUAUGUAUUGCUUGCAGGGUAUUUGCCUUUUGAUGAUUCUAAUCUUAUGACCCUGUAUAAAAAAAUUUCAGCUGCCGAAUUCACCUGCCCGCCUUGGCUUUCCUUAGGUGCCAUGAAAUUGAUUUCUAGAAUCAUGGAUCCGAAUCCUAUGACUCGUAUUACUAUCCCCGAAAUUUUGGAGGAUGAAUGGUUUAAAAAGGGUUUUAAGAGGCCUGUAUUUGAAGAGAAAUACAAUGCAAAUUUAGAUGAUGUGGAUGCUGUCUUCAAGGACUCAGAAGAAUAUCACGUGAUGGAGAAGAGGGAAGAACAGCCAGUGGCUAUGAAUGCGUUUGAAUUGAUUUCAAUGUCGAAGGGACUGAAUCUUGGAAAUCUGUUCGAGGUAGAGCAGGAAUUCAAGAGGGAAACAAGGUUUACAUCAAAAUGCCCCCCCAAUGAAAUCAUCAGUAAAAUUGAAGAAGCCGCAAAACCUCUUGGUUUUGAUGUCCAUACGAAAAACUACAAGAUGAGGCUGGAGAACUUGGAAGCAGGGAGGAAAGGGAACCUUAAUAUCUCUACAGAGGUAUUUCAAGUAGCACCGUCUCUUCAUAUGGUCGAGGUGCGGAAAGCGAAAGGAGAUACCUUGGAAUUCCACAAGUUUUUCAAAAAACUAUCAACGCGCCUCAAGGAUGUUGUUUGGAAAACUGAGGAGGACAUGCAAGACAACAGUCGAGGCUGACGGAAGAAAUUCGUUUCAGUUUUCUACGAGGGUGUAAGGUGUGAAAGAUUAAGUUUCAUCCUCAUCCUCAUCUGUCGAUGUCAGAUGUGGCUUCCCAUUCAGGUAUGUGAUCUAGAUUAAGUGUGAAAUAUGAGAUCGUUGUAACAGAGAUCCUUGGCUCAACGUAUUGAAUUGGAUUGUUGGGAAAAAAAAAAGAAGAAAAAGUUUUAUUCUACUGCAUUUCGAUCUAGAAAAUACAAGGUAUCAGAGUGGUCUUGUUCUACAAUAAUCAUCGGUUUUUGAAUUUUUCCAACAAUGUAAUUGAAUUCUGUUUGGCACUUGAACUAGUUAAAUUGUAGUACUCAGAAUGAGGAUUGAGUAGAACCAUGCAUACGGAUUCCCGUAUUAGAAGAUCAUGUUGUUUCAAUUCCUCCUUGUUGCUAAUAAUGUAAUGAAAGGAUGAAUUGUUUGAGUGUGUGUGGGCAGAUUUAGACAAUUCCUUUCGUUCAGAACGGUUUGUCUAUGUUUAUUUGAUGUGUCCUAUGUAUAUUGGUUUGUCUUAAUUCUUAAAUUAAUGAUGUUUUUAUGAUUC